CUGUUGAAAAGAGAAUUUAGUGAAAUACGAGCCGCUGUCGCAGAAAAUUUGAUGUUCGUGAAGGAGGACCUCAUCAUACCUCAUUUUUACACGUUUCAAGAUUUCAUCGUUACGAAAGCAAUGGGAAAAACGGGUCCGCUGUAUGAAUUUGAUGCUGCGGGAGAGAUACGAUUAAGACAGGAUGCAGCUGUGGACUGUGGUGAGUCCCAUCCAGCCAAAGUUGUUCUGCGAAGCUGGUAUGAAAAGAACAAACACAUUUAUCCGGCUUCUCGGUGGGAAGCUUUUGUUCCCAACAAAGAGUACCGGCGAACUAUUGAUGAUCUCACAACUAUAUGA